UUUGCCAUUUCGCUCGAAGCAAGGUUCACAUCGAUGGCGUCCUCAGAGCUAAUAACUACAGAAGUAGAAUCCGAAAAUCACCUUUCUUCUCUUAUCUACGAGAUAUCAAAUGAAGUCCAAGAGAUCAUGGAGAACAUGCUUAAGACGAUCACUGAAAUCAAUCAUAAUUCUGCAGUUAUAGAGGAGGAGAUAGAGAAGUGCAAAGGUUCUGCUCUUGAGAGGAAAAGAGCCUUAAACGAAGAUAGAGAUAACUUUCAAAAAGCUGCUUAUGCUGUUCUUGACAUCCUCAACAGAGAGUAAAGCGCUCUAGGUAUCGUUCUACAUUUUUCAUUUUUAUACAUUGUAUUCCCAUAUAUCUUGUUUGAUUAAGUAGAUUGCCGCCUGAAACGGAUACGUACCGAAAUGACCAGAGCGCAUUGUUAAUCUCUGUUUAGUUUGAUCAUUAGAGGAUAUACAA